AUGACUGAUACAGUAGAAGAUUCCGGGUUUUUCCUCACUAUACUACACGGUGUGUAUGCAUUGAUCUCACUCAUUUUUCGCGCCAUUCUCCGAUUCGGCCUCUCUUCAGCACUUAUCGCAUCUUUUUUUCUGACCCUUCAUGCUGCUGGCCAGUUCAGCAAGCAAGCUUUACAGCGCAGACAAGAUGUUCUGGACUUGGUGUACUGGCGAGAUCCAGUCAAAUCGGGUGCAGUGCUUGCUACUACGCUUGUUACCUUGAUUGUUUUUGCGAAAUUUCCUUUGACUGCCGUCAUCAGUUAUCUUGCAUUAGCAGUCCUUGGUGGCACUCUUGGAUUCCGUAUAUAUAAAUUGCUUGAGGCUCAAGUAAGAAAAACUGAUGGUGCUAAUCCUUUCCAGACGUAUUUAAAUCGAGAAUUUCACUUACCACAAGAAAAAAUACAUCAACAACUCGAUACAUUGAUUGAACAUGCCCAGUUGAUUGGUAAUGAACUUCGGCGACUAUUUUUGGUUGAAAGCGUUGUGGACAGUGUUAAGUUUGGUUUGUUGCUUUGGGCGCUUACAUACGUCAGCAACUGGUUUUCUGGUCUUUGUAUAUUGAUUCUUGCAGUACUUACUGUCUUCACUGUUCCAAAAGUUUAUGAAGUUUACCAAGAGCCCAUCGACCAUAAUAUUUCUACAGUCAAACAACAUUUGAACGAUGUUAACACGAAGUAA